GAAUCAACACCCAACUUUGCGGGAUCUGUAACCACUGAGGUGAUAUAGACGAAUAAACAAUGGCGGAGCAAACUGAGCAGACUUUAACGAGGACGGAACAAUUCUGGCAAUGGUGGAAUUCUGGCGUACCCAAGGUAGAUCUUCCCAAAAAGUAUGGACUCCAAUACUCCGAAAAGGAGUUUGCCUACGAGAAUCUGGUACUAAAAGGUGGAGGGGCGAAAGGAAUCGCAUACAUCGGAGCUUGCCAGGCGUUGAAAGAAGCUGGAAUUUUGCCCAACAUCAAGCGGUUUGCAGGAACCAGCGCAGGCGCAAUCACCGCCACCCUACUGGCCAUAGGGAUGAGUCCAGAGCAGAUGUUGCAGGAGCUCAGCGAGAAGAACUUGAUGGACCUCAAGGAUCCACCAAGGGGCUGGUGGCGCUCCAUGAACAAGCUUCCCCACGUCCGUGGUGUGCCUAGCUGGCUGACGGUGGACAUGGUGUCCAUGGCCUCAGCAGCGUUUAAAGAGAGAGGCAUGUUCGAAGGGAAGGAUUUUUAUGACUGGUUCGGAGACGUCUUAGAACGGAACCUUAGAGAACUUCAUCCGGACAAGAGAGGAAUGAACAAAGACAUCACGUUCGACAAACUCCACCGUGUGACGGGGAAGGAGCUGUGCAUCGUGGCUUACAACAUGGUCCUUGGCAGUGAAGCUUAUUUCCAUGUGAAAACCACGCCCAUGAUAAAGAUUCGGGAUGCAGUGCGCAUGUCUAUGUCCAUUCCAGUUGCUUUCCAGCCGUUUGAGGGGUACGGGUUCCCCAAAUUCACCUUUAUCGACGGUGGACUGGUGGCCAACUAUCCACUCUGGGCAUUUGAUGGAUGGUACUUGUCCGACAAAGAAGAACACACCUUUAAGAAAAUGCUGUCGAUGCAAGAUGAGGCCAAGAUUUCUAGGAUGUUCCACCCGGAACACAGGAAGAAGGAACGUUUCGACACCAGGAAUGACAAGACUCUGGGCAUUCUAAUGUUCUCCAGGAAGGACCCUGAAUUGUACCAGGAACAGUUUGAGGAGCGCUUAAGAAAGCUGGUGAAGGCACAACCUGAUUUUGAAAAAGAACAACCUCAGACGGAGCUAUACAAGAAGUACAAGAAGAAGAUGAGCGAGCAGGACGACGUAGGAGAAAGAGCAAAACAAAUGUUAAAGAAACUAGUUGGCGAACAUAUUAAAGGACUAUACGAGUGUAUUGAAGAUGACAACGUUGAAGGAGCGAGGGAGCACUUGGCACAGAUUUUCACCGAGAAAAACCUUGAUAUUGUGAACGUACGUUCACCGGAAGAGGCCAUGGAGAUGAUGGAUGGAUUGUUAAUGGAUGAAGAUGGCAACCUGACGACAGAAAUGCUGAAGAAAAUAGAGGACAACGUUGGUCCUCUGCAACUGGCCAAGGGUAAAUACCUGAAGCCAAGGCUUGUGUCAGAACCACGCGACUACUUCGACACCAUCCUCAAGUUCGUCGGAAACAACAGCGGAAUUGAAGUAUGAUUGUUUCACAUUUUCUAUCUUAGGUCAAUAUGCUGUACAUUGGUGAGCAACGUGCUUGUUCUUCUCCAAGCAGAGGUUAUGGUUGGGGUGGUAGGAGGCAGCUGGAAAAAAUCGCGGCCACUACAGCUACUAUUGACCUGCUUAGAGAACACUGCGGGUGAUGUUUCUUCGUUGUUAAAGUGCACU